AUGCUGUGGACCCUCUGCACUCUCAUCACUGCUCUAACAUAUGCUGAUGCGGUGAUCAUGUUGACCCAGACUCCUGCUGUCCACACAGUUUCUCCAGGUCAAGAAACUGUUCUCAACUGCAACAUAGAGAGAUAUGAUGCGAAUUAUGUGAGAUGGUAUAAACAAGUUCAUGGAGAGACUCCUCAGUAUGUUCUAAGAUUUCAUCAUUCUAGCAGCUCACUUGAAUUUGGAACAGGAUUCUCCUCAGACAGAUUCAACUCUAAAUCCUCAUCAAACAUUGAUUACCAUUUCAUUAUCAAGCGAGCAGAGACAGGAGACUCUGCAGUGUAUUACUGUCAGACAUGGGAUGACUCUGUGAUUGAACAUGACUUUGGUAAUCCUGUUGGUGUGAUUGAUUGUAGCUCCAGCCUCCCUCCUCCUGUCCUGACAGUAUUCCCUCCGUCCAGUGCUGAGCUCCAGUCCAACACAGCUUCUCUGGUCUGUCUGUCCAGUCAGUCUGUGAAAUUUGCAGAUGUGAGCUGGUUGGCUGGUGGGAGUCCAGUGAGCAGUGGGAUCUCUACCAGCACUGCUGUUCAGAGACCAGACCAGACUUACCAAAUCAGCAGCUCUCUGGCCAUCCAGACAUCAGACUGGAACAUGGAUAAGGUUUAUACAUGUAAAGUGUCUUUGGGCUCGCAGACUUCAGAGAAAACCAUCAAGAAGUCAGAAUGUCCCACUGAAUAGUCGAGGACCAGAAU